AUGCGUCAAGAAGCGAGGCAAAGAAGUUUUUUUAGAAGGGGAGGAGGAGGGGGAGGUGGUGGUGAAAGAGGUGGAAGCGGCAUUGGAGGAUUCUGCAGCGGAUUGGUCAAGCGGCCUUACUGCUGCUCUCCACUGGUUGCUCUCGUGCUCCUUUGGCUGAUCGGCUUUGGCAUCUGGAAUAGUGGCCUUUUCAGAGGCCGAAAUCCCUCCUCAUCUGCUCCCACCAUCGGUCAAGACGACGAUCCCUAUGCCAGCGGCCAGCCUGGCGACGAGGCAUGGACGGCGCAGUCAACCAAGACCUCCAAACCGACCAUCACCGGCACCAAUCCCUCUCUUUCUGACGCGUCUGACGACGAUGAUGACCCCUGGUCUUCCAAAAACACCAAUCCUGGUGGUUCGGUGACGUCGCCCAGCCUCGGCAAUGCAGGUUCGGAAAACGAAUACGGGGAUGGUGUAGGAGGAUUUGAAGGAUCAGAAGCAGCAGGAGGAGUAGCAGGUGGGAAAGAUGGCAAUAUCAUUGCUGAAACGCCACAACCAGCGGCUAAGACUGGAUGGUUUUCUUGGUUAUGGGGGAGUGGGAAGAAGGAAACGGAAAGCACUGGUACUGCAUCAGAUGAGGAGGGUGAGGGAGGCGGAACUGGGACAGGCGGGUUUAGACCCGGGAGCGGGUCCGCGCUGGGUUUCGGAGAUGCUACUAACGAGGAUGAGGAAGACGGGGAUGGAGGAAUGGGAGGGACGGCAGGGUGGGGUUCGAAGCUAGCUGGUUCCAGGUUAGGGGGUGGUCGGACAGGAGGGUUUGGAGGUUUGCCGUCAACGGAUAUGGGGGAUGAUGAGGAUGAGGAGAGUGGUGCUGGUGGUGUGGGUGGAGGGAGAGGGAGUGCGAAGGGAGGGGCUUUUGAGGCUCGAGAUGAGGGGUUUGGAGGCCGUACUGGUGCGAGGAUGGGUGCAUUUGAUGGGCGGGGCGGUGCUGUGAAGAGAAAAGGGAAUGCGUUUGGCGGGGAUGGGGAGGACGAGGAGGAGGAUGGGGAGGGCGGGGGAGAGAGCAGAGGGGCGUUUGGGGGAAGGCUGGGGAGUGCUGGUUCGGGUAAGAUGGGCAGGAUGGGGGGUGGGGGGGGGAGUGGCGGGUGGGGGGGUAGGGGAGGUGGGCGGAGAGGAGGGGAGGACGAGGAGGAGGAAGGGGGGGAGGGUAUUGGUAGUGCGAUUGGCCAGAUGAAAGGAAGGGUUGGAGGGUUGGGAGGACGAGGGGGGGUGAGAGGAGGGCGAGGGAGAGCGAGUGGUGAUGACGAGGAUGAGGAGGAAGAGGAUGAGCAGGGGAGAGCUGGUGGGGGUAGAACGGGGAGGAAAAGAGGGAACAGGGGGGAUGAUGAGGAUGAGGAUGAGGAGGAGGAUGGAGGGGGUGGAAACGCAGAGGAGGAAGAGGAGGAGGAGGAGGAGGAAGAUGAGAGUCCUAGGGGCGGGAGAAAAGGGCGUAAGAGGUCUGGGGAUGAUGAGGAGGAGGAAGAGGAGGGAGAGGAGGGAGAUGAGGAUGAGAGUGAAGAGGAAGAAGAGGAGGGAGGGGAGGAGGAAGAGGAGGAGGAGGAGGAGGGAGGGGGAGGCAGGGCGAAGCGGAAGAAGACGGGAGGGAAGAAGAAGAAAAGUGGAGGGAAGGGGAAAAGGGCGCGGAGAGGGAAAGAUGAGGUGGACGAUGCAGUGGAAGAAUUUGAACAGGCGGCCAAGGAGGCAGAGGGUUUAGCAGCACGACUCGGCAAGAAGAACCCGCGAAAAAAGGCGAAAGGAGGAGUUGCAGCAGCAGAUGAGGAGGAGGAGGAGGAGGACGACGAGGAGGAGGCGGAGGAGGAGGAGGCGGGCCGGGGAACGGGGCGUGUGAAGCAGCCCGGGAAGGUGGGGAAGGAUGCGGCGAAGAGGAAGGAGGAGGAGCGAGUGGCGAGUAUGUUCUAUGGCACCAGGGCGGCGGAUGAGGCUCCCAGUGUGGAGGACGCGCAGGUGGAGGAGGAGGAGGAGGCUCCUGGGGAGGACGAUGAGGGGCUGCUUGAUUUUGCCUCGCUGCGGAUUCCAGGCACCGGCGUCCGGGGCACUAAGGUUAUGGAGGUGGAGAGGCAGCUGGCGUGUGUGGCGAGGGAGGGGCGGUGGGCGCUCAACUCGACGCCGCGCUGGCUGCCAUGGGACCUCAACCCGCUGAGAGUGAAGGAGCAGCCCAACUACCGCACCUGCGACAUGCUGCACGCCCAGCGAGAGGGCGGCAUCUACGGCCUUCAAGCCGAGCGAAUCCGCCAAAAGUACUCCCGAACCUCCCGCCGCCGAGCCUCGGCCGCGCCGGACUGGAAGGUUCGGCGGGAGGUGCUGUACGAGUGGCGCAGCAGCGAGCCGGAGCGGUGCCCGUUCGUGCGGUUCGACAGGGAGGGCUUCUGCCGGGCAGUGCGGGGGCGGAACGUGGUGCUUGUGGGGGAUGCUUUCAGUCUGGACAUGCACGAUGCUGUGCUCAACCAUCUGGUCACGGCUGCCACCAAGAGGGAUGCCGGUCGACUGGGCGAUGGAUGGGCCAAUACCACGGAGGGUGCAUGCUUCGAGGCGGGCCACCAGCUGUGCACCGACGUGCCUAUUACCCUCACCUCUGCUCUCCCCUCCUCCACUGCCUCUGGCUCGUACGGCAAAGGCCCCCCUGACACCACUGGCGCAGUAGCAGCAGCAGCAGCAGCAGCAGCAGCAGCAGCAGCAGCAGCAGCAGGAGCACGAGCAGGAGGGGGAGGGGGAGAUAGGCUGGAGGGAGAUGAGGAAGGUGGGAGGGCGAGCAGCAUAGCUGCUGUGCAAGGGAAGGAGCGUAGGAGGCGAGGGAGGAGGCAGGGACGGGCCACUCGAGGCCGUGUGCUGCUGUGGGAGUCGGACGGGAGCGAGGAGGAGGACGAGGAGGAGGGGACGGAGGUGGCGGAAGGAGGGCGAGGAGGGGGAGGAGGGGGAGUUGUGGGAAGGGUUCCUCAGGGGAAUUCCAAUGGAGGAGGUGGGGAGGAUGAGGAGGAUGAGGAGGGAGUAGGGAGCGGUGGGGGUAGCAGCAGCGGCUGGAGUUCAGGGGGUGGAGGAGGGUCGGGCUCGGAUUUGCGGCUGGGGUCCAGGUCUGGGUCAGGCUCGGGGUUAGGUUCGGGCAGAGGUGUGGCAAGGGGUGGGGAGGCAUCAUCAGCGGGGUUCAACUUGCGGGUGGUGCUGAACCCGUUUCUGACGCCCGAUACCGGCCGCCCCACGCGCUACAACACCCGCUGGCUGCGCCGCCUGCGACGGUGGCGCACGGAUAUCCUCAUCCUCUCACGCACCGCGCUGUUCAACGACAAGGAUCUAAUGCUACAAGAGGUGCGGGACACCCUGGAGGCAGUAAGGGAGCUUUAUCCCGACAUGCUGGUCAUCUGGCGCAACUCCCCUGCGGGCCACCCCAGCUGCCACCGCUUCACCCGCCCGCUCAAGCGCCGCCCCAAGCCGCUGCAGCUCAAGGGGCAGCUGCCUGCCACGUGGACCCGGCACGCUGAGAUGAAUGCUGCCGUACGGUCGCUGCUCAAGGAGUACGGGGUGGUCUACCUCGAUGUUGACUCAGCCACCUCACUACGUCCCGACGGCCACCACAGGCGGAUGGACGGCACAGUGGACUGCCGCCACUACUGCAUGCCAGGCCCCCUCGACCACUGGGUCUCGCUCCUCUACAACCUGCUCCGCCUCAUCGACUCCCACUCCCAGCACCAACAACAGAGCGGGCAGACAGGCCAGAGAGGGCAGGAGCCACCAACCCAGCCGGGUGGUGGCGAAGGAGGAGAUAGCAGUGGAGAGGGGGAGGAGAAGCGUGGGAAGGGCGAGGGGGGAGAGGACGAGGGUGGGGCUGGGAGUGGGGGAAUACAGAAGGCAGGGGAAAGUGGGGCUGAAGAGGGGACUGGGGGAGCGGCGGAUGGGGGAAAGGAGGAUGUGACGGGCAGUGGGAAAAGUAGGGAGGCGGGCAGUGGGGAUGGGGGGAAAGACGCAGGAGAGGAAGCUGAGGGAAGUGAUGGGGCUGUUGCAGGGGCUUUGGGGACAGGUGGACGAGAGGGUGGUGACGAGGGUGGCAGGGAGGAGUCGGGGAGAAAGGAGGUACCAGAGCAAGGGGCAGCAGAGGAAGGGGCAGCAGAGCAAGGAGCAGGUGGGCAGGGAGCAGGUGAGCAGGGAGCAGUGGCGGAGGGUGCAGGAGCAGUGGGCGAGGGAGGCGGAACAGCAGGAGUUUCGGAUGAAGGGGUGAAGGAGGGAGGGGAGGCUGGUAGUGUGAAGCAAGCAGAGGGAUCAGGAGAGGAAGCAGGGAAGGCAGGGCAAGCAGGAGAGGCAGGGCAGGCAGGAAAGGAAACGGAACAAGUGGGAGGGAAAGUGGAGAGCAAGGAUGAAGGGAAGGCUGGUGAUGGUGCUGCUACUGCUGCUUCUGCCACUGGUGGAGCUGACAGUGGUGGUGGUGCUGCUGCUGGCAGCGGUGAUAGCAGCAGUAGCGGUGCAGAGUCGUUCCCACCUCCAGAUGAUGCUACGCCUGCUGCAGACGCCACGCCUGCCGCUGACGCCACGCCCGCUCCUCAAGCCAAAGCACCUGAACCCCUCGCGCCCUGCAGGAACUACUCCGAGUGCAUCCCAGGGACAGCAGUGCGGGGGUCACAGGCAGUGGAGCAGACGAACCGUGAGAUGGCGUGUCUGGCGAAGGAGGGCCGUUGGAUCAAGUUCAACACGCCCCGCUGGCAGCCCUGGAGCAAGGACCCCAACCGCAACCCCCUAGCUCCUCACUACGGCACCUGCGACAUUCUGCACCGCAGAAACAAAGGCGUGUUCGGCAAGGCAGCGGAGGACAUCCGGGUGUCGGGCACGGGUGACUGGAACGUGCGACCGGAGCUGAAGCACACGUGGAAGGCCAGCCGCUUCUGCCCGCCGCUCAACGGGUACAACCGCGACAAGUUCUGCCGCGCCAUGGGGCAGCGCAACGUGGUGUUUGUGGGCGAUCAGUCUCAGCUGGCGCUGCAUGAUGUGUUUAUCAACCAUGUUCUCACCAUGAAGACCGCCAAGGAUAUUGGCACCGCUGCUGAUGCUUGGGAGGAGAACGAGAUCCCACUGUGCCACCGCAAGCCACACGUGGUGUGCUCGGACCACGUGCCCGGGGGCUUCACCUUCCGGGUCGUGCACAACAACCUGCUCUCACCCGACUCAGCGGGCGGGGGCAAGUUCAACCAGCGCUGGCUGCGCCACCUCACGGAGUGGAACGCCUCCAUCGUCGUCCUCAACAAGGGCUUUGAGAAGAGACCAACUGCCAAGUACCUGUCCACGCUGCGUGCAUCGCUGGCAAAGCUGCGCGAGGUGGCGCCGGACGUGCUGCUGGUGUGGCGCAACACGUGCUGCUCGUGUGCUGCUGCCAUGCGCACUGUGUUCUUACCCUCCACUCACUCCUACCUGUCCACGCUGCGUGCAUCGCUGGCGAAGCUGAGGGAGGUGGCGCCAGAUGUGCUGCUGGUGUGGCGCAACACGUGGCGCGGCCACCCCGACUGCGGCAACGCCACGGAGCCACUCAAGGCCGUGCCGCACAAUGAAACCAACGAGAGCCAGUGGAGCUACGUGGUGGAACAGAACGAAGGGGCCAAGGCCAUUGUGAAGGUGAGUGGGAGUUGA